CACGGGCACUGCUCACUGUAGGAGGCAGUGGCGGUGGGCUAUCGACGACGACCUACCAAAACGAUCAACCGUUUGUUGUGCACCGCUGGUGAAAACCGUCAAAAUCAAUGUGUUUAUUAUUAUCCUGUGUUAGCUUAAUUUGUGUGAAACUAUGAGUGAAUUAUAGUGUUUUUACCGUUCAGUUUUGAGUGGAUAGUGAUCAAGAUUACUUUGCUGAUUCUACGUGACACUAUUAAAGGGUCGAGAUGCUCACCAGUCCACAGAAACACUUCCUCCACUGCCUUCUUUUCUUUACCCUAAUAAUAUUUUUUGAGCUUUUUACCGGCGGUGUAAAAUUAACAUCCAAUCAAGAACUCAAUUUCGAUCCCUGGGAGAAGUAUGGUUAUUUGGGUGCUUUUGUUUUGUACAUCCUCCGAUUGUUAACAUUUCUGUCUUUACCUCAAGUCCUUCUCAAUUUUGCCGGUCUAACUUUAUAUAAUGCAUUCCCGGAUAAGGUAGUGCUAAAGGGGUCUCCUCUGUUGGCCCCUUUUAUUUGCAUCAGGAUAGUAACAAGAGGGGACUAUCCUCUGCUUGUCCGUUCCAAUGUAGAAAGGAAUAUGGCAAUAUGCACACAGGCGGGGCUAGAAAACUUUCUCAUUGAGGUAGUAACUGACAAACCUAUCAACUUACCGGUCCAUAGAAGAACACGGGAAGUCGUUGUUCCUCCUAGCUAUAAAACAAAGAGCGGAGCGUUGUUCAAAGCUCGGGCUUUGCAGUACUGUUUAGAAGAUGGGGUUAAUGUUUUGGCCGAUACUGACUGGAUAGUGCAUUUAGAUGAAGAAACGCUUCUGACAGAAAAUUCAGUUAGAGGAGUUCUAAAUUUUGUUUUGGAUGGAAAGCACCAUUUUGGCCAAGGCCUUAUUACAUAUGCCAACGAGCAAGUUGUGAACUGGGUUACGACUCUGGCAGACAGCUUCCGAGUAGCUGACGACAUGGGCAAGCUCCGCGUCCAGUUCUCUAUGUUCCACAAGCCUCUGCUCAGCUGGAAGGGCUCGUACGUUGUUACUCAGGUUGGAGCCGAGCGUCAGGUCUCCUUUGACAACGGCUUGGAUGGUUCAGUGGCUGAGGAUUGCUUCUUUGCGAUGAGGGCCUUCCAGAAGGGCUUUUCAUUCGCCUUUGUUGAAGGUGAAAUGUGGGAGAAGUCACCAUUCUCUCUUUGGGAUUUUGUCCAACAGCGUAAACGGUGGCUGCAAGGCAUUCUCCUGGUGGUUCACUCCAAGCAGUUGGCUGCCAAGACAAAGUUUCUCCUGGCCAUCUCCUGCUACUCCUGGGUGACAAUGCCUCUCUCUACCUCUAACAUCGUGCUGGCUGCUCUGUGUCCGAUCCCCUGCCCACCCGUCAUGGAUUUUCUCUGCGCUUUCAUUGGAGCAGUCAACAUCUACAUGUACGUGUUCGGUGUCGUCAAGUCCUUCUCCCUCUAUAGGUUCGGCCUUUUGCGGUUUUCCCUAUGCAUUGCAGGCGCUCUCUGUACCAUACCUGUCAACAUCUGUAUAGAAAAUCUCGCGGUAAUUUGGGGACUUUUCGGGAACAAACACAAAUUCUACGUGGUCAACAAAGAGCUGAGGCCGCCGGUGACGGUUUAGAGCGUUCCUUCAUUCCAUCAGCACAAAGUCACCUUCAUCCCGGUCCAGCUCUGUUCAUCUGACUCUACAGGGUAUGAGUGUUUUGUUAGUUUUUGUAUCCAAGACUGAUUUGUGUUUUCUGUACAUAAGCAACGUUGAAAGAAGUUUUAUAUCGCCAUACAAUACUUUGAUCAGUGUUAUUCAUUUACACUUUUAAGUCUUUGCCUUAUUUUUCAGUUUGAAUCGCUACAAAAGUUCACCCUUCAUUACUGAUUAUUUGCCAUUUGGAAACAUCCAUCUGAUUGUUAACAGAUAUAUAAUGUAUGUGGUUUAUUUACCAGUAGAAGUUCUUGUCCACAGUCAGAUUGACAUAGCUGCAGCUUAACACCUGAACUGUACUUACCUAAUGUUCAGUCAUAUACUGGAUCUCGCCUGAACAAAGAAUGAGGUCUUACAGCCGAGUUUGUGUGCAUCUUGUAAAUAUUUAUCACUAUUACAUAAAACAUUCAUUUUGUAAUGUUUACAGUGUUAUAUAAUAUAUAUAUAUAAUUUUGCUGCAUAUUAGAUUGUUAAUUUAUUUGUAUUAUGAAGCUUAGGUACUUAAAACACUUCCUAAGCAGCAGCACGGUUAUUUUUUGGUUAAUUUUACAAAAAUCGUGUAUUUGUUCAUUUUAGCAUAUAAUUCGUGCAAUUCUUUAAUCACUAUCAAAUUGUCAAAGUGAGUUAAAGCAAAAUGUAUUACCACACUUAAAAAGAUUAAACUUUAUACUACAGUGAUAAUUUUGACUUACCUAAAUGAAAACUUCUGGUAUAUUUUCAAUUUUGUAUAAAUGAUGUAAAAUAAAUUCUAAGUUUUAAUUGGUAGUAUUUUUAUACAAGCUUGCAAACAAUAUACUGCUGAGCAGUAUAAUGAGGGUUUGCAGUCUUUGUCAUAAAAAUUAAGUUGAAUAUAUCAUCGGUUAGUAACUAUUUAACCUUUAAAGUUAACUAUUUAACCAUCUAUAAAACACAGUAUACUGUAUUUUUCUGCUAAAAUGACCAAAUACCAAAUAGAAUUGUAUUUGUUUUGUGAGCCUCAUAUAUUGAGGUUUUAUUGUGAUAUAUUAUUAGAAUUUUAUAAUUAAUUUUUGUCCUUAAGCAAGCAGCUCUGUAGAAGUGCCAGCUGACUUAGAUAGUCGUAGGAACACUGACAUUCUGUAGUUCUCUGGCAGAAAAUACUCUUGCUACAGGUAAUUUGUGGCUAAUCACUCUCACGAUAGAUUUAAUUAUUUAUUACUUGCACAUUAUAAGCCAACAUAUCUUUUAUUGUAUAUUACAAUUAUGUUUUUAUAAAGUAAAAAUGUAUGUGGUAUUGAUUACUCAGUUCACAUCAUAACUGUGUUAAAAAAUGUCUAUAUUUCUUAAAAGUUUCUUUUUUAAGGCUCUUGUAAUCCUACGGUUAAACCAGGGUGAAAUGUUUGUUGUUUUUGUUAUUAAUUUUAAAAUAUUUCUUAUCAAAACAAAUAUUAUAAUACGAAGAAACACUCUGGUAUGUGUUAGUUGAAUUGAUUCAACAACAACUUUACUUGUUAUUAUUAGAAACUAAAGUCUUAAAUGGAACCUAGUUCCGUUCUAUCAGUGAUGUUAAAAAGAAUUUGUAUUGGAACAAAAUUAAAUUUGUAACAUGCCCUAUUUUAGGUGUUGUAUUGUAUGAGGGGCGAUGGUCACAGCACGUCAACCGAAACUUAUUGUGCAUUAAUUUAGGUAACUCGUUGGAUGUGAUUAGUGUUCAUAUACCUAUAAAUUAAAUAUAGUUGCAUUUUAAAUAGAAGUACAGUCUGUGGUGGUAAUGUAAUGUAAUUGAAAAUUAGCAUAAGGAAUAAUUAAUUUUUAGUAAUUGCAAUUUCUUGCCCAAAUGUUUUACUUAGUAGAAUUUCUUGCUUAGUAAGGACUUAAAAGUUUUAUUUUAAAAUGCUAAUGUUGUUAUCUUUUCUGUUUAUUUGGUCUCACAAUUUUUAUUUGAGCCAUAAACCGUUACUGUACAAAAUUACAAAAAUCUUCUGAACAAGGAAUUUAUUGCAUACUGGCUAUUUUCAGUACAAGUAAUUCUUUGUUCUAUCAAUAAAUAGUUAUUUCUAUUUGCAUCAAUUGGCUCUUAGCUAAUGGUAAUAGUUUGUAAUGAUUAUUUUUAAAGAUACUUGUAUAGCCAAUGCAAAUUUGUUCAUGUCCUGUAACAUCUAAAUGCCUUGGCCCACUUAAAUGCUAUAGCCUAUACGCUUUAGACAUAUAUUAUUUCGUCAGCCACUGUAUGACUUUAUCAUAUGAAUUAGUACUAUUCCCUAAAAAUAGUGUUGUGAGGCAAUGUUUUGUUGAUCUUCAAUCAAUAAGCUUUUUAUCUCGUUUGAGAAAUACUUUAAACAGAAGUCAAUAAGGUGAACCAAAUCCUCAGCUUAGAAGAUUAGAAAAAUACUUUAAUAAACAGAACAAUUUAAAAACUUAUAAAGUUAUGAAUUAAUGAACAAGUUUUAGCAACAAAUUAUAAGCUUUAAAAGUACUCUGCUUAACUAAAGCUUCUGAAGAAACGAAUAUCGUUGAAACAAAUUACUUAUAAUAUAUUUUAAACGUUUUAAAGAACAAAAAUGUGAUAGCCACAAAUUAACUGUUUACUUAGACCUAGAAUGUUUAUUACAUAGCCAUUGCUAAGUCUUGUCAAAUAUUAGUCUAUUCCAUCUAUGUAAUAUUCAAGCAAAGUAUUCUUAGGUAAUAAACAUUAAAUAAUUACUAUUGAGUAUUUAAAAGUUGAGUAACUAAGUUACAUUUUGUUACACAGUACCUACUACUAUUGUAUUUAGUUGUUAAAAUAAAUCUAGACUUAAAUAUGAAAGUGUGAAUCCAACUUUACCUUGAAAUAAAAGGAACCUGUUUUAAUACAACAACUAUUUACAUUGCUCAUGCAAUUUUAUGAAACCUUUUUAUCCAUACUGUGUAAAGCCCCUUUACCCCCAAUUUAACCGAAACCUGGUCAACCAAAAACAUAGAAAAAAAUUCAAAGUUAGCCUGGCCAAUGGAAUUUAAUAGUGCUGAUGAGUACACAAAUGACCUGAUAUUAUGAUAAGGAUAAAGCUCUUUUUCUUUUUUAAAGAAACAAUUUUUUGAUAACAGUUGUAGGUUUACAGGUUAGAACAUACUCCACUGUACUUUUUCUCAAUAAGCUAAGCUAUUGAUUUGUGCUAAGAAACCUACUUACAUCACAUUUCCAAGCGGAUGGUAUCACUACCCCUUUCGGCCCUUUCAAAUCUAACCCUUUUCCAAGGCCUCAACCUCAGAUUCCCAACAAGUACAGUCUGCGCCACCUAAUUGAGGACUAUAAUAAUUAUGCAUAUGAGGAUUUGAGGAAAUGAUUAAUAUGAGUAAACAUCUAUGUAGUGAAGUCGGCACUUGUACUGAUUAUUAGAAAAGUGAAGUUUGGAGGUUACUCAGAAACAGCACUUGGAAAUAAUGUGUACCUGUAAAAUAUUUACACAAUAAAUCAUUACUCUUAGAA